AUGGCGGCUGUCAAUCGGAACAUGUUCGAUGCCAGCAUCGCAACCGAUCGGCCUGGCGGGGCCUCGCUGAUGUUGCUGCCGCUCAACUUGAUCGCCCAAAUCGUGUCAAAUGUCGAGGAUACCGGUGAUACCGCGCGACUAUGCCGAACAUGUCGCGUGCUCAACUACAUGGCCCUCCCUCAGCUCUACCGCCGCUUGACCCUCACCUCCUACGAUAAAAUCCGCUAUCGCGGCGAGCAGCCCGAAGGUAUUGGAAGCGCAAGUCCGUUUACGAUGGGCCUCAAUGCAGUGAUUGCGAGGCCUUAUGCGACUCUCGUCCGAUCAAUCACGUUACGCGGCGAUUGGAAGGAAACCGAUAUCGAGGAAUAUGCGCAGGUAGGGCGGGUGCCGGAUUCCUCGAUGAUGUUGAACAUUGCCGUGCGGGCGGCCGUCGAUCGCAUGACGAACCUCGAAAGCUUCAGCUGGGAGCUCAAUACCAAAAUGCUAGACACCGUCUACACGGGUUUAACCAAGCUGCCCAAACUAACUUCAUUAACGAUUCGAUUCCCCUCUACCCGCCAUCCCCAACCGACCUUUGUGCUUCCGGGGAUGCCGAACUUGCGCUGCUUGAAGAUUACCGACAUCGAUCCCCUAUGCUACCCCGACGACAUAUCCACCAUCCUUUUAAAGAGCAGAAAGCUACGCGAGCUGAAGCUUCAUUGGUCGCCUCGCAUGCGCCUCGCGCAAGAACCUAGCGUCUCCCUGAACGACUAUUUCCGGAAAUGCACCGCCGCCAAACAACCCCUCUCCGUUAAAAAACUCUCCUUCCAGAAUUUGUACGCCUUCCACAGCGAGGAAUUUAAUAUCUCAUUCGAUCCGACUACCGUUGAAGAUGUGACAUUUUUGAACGGGUCGGAUACCGUUGGUCUGAUGAAUACUUUCGUCGAGAAUAGCUGGCCUACCAUGAUGCCAGAUCGAAAACUCAAGAUCAGGUCCAUGCGGAUGGAUACUGUCUCGAAACGAAAUUCAGAGUUUAUAGGAAACUUCACGGGCCUCGAGCGGUUGUAUUUCGUCAAUGUGUUCGACAACUCCUCCGACUAUCUUAAUUCCCCGCGUCCAGGCAUGGGCCCUACCUCUGCCGCGCUGACACCGCCGGUAUCCGAUUCUCCGGCUGUCAAUGGCACCACGGCAAAUUCUCCAGCUACCGCAGCUUCUCCAGCUAGCCAACUGAAUAUCGCACUGAGUGUGCGAGACAGCUAUCUUGCAAAUAUCACCAUAAAUCACGGUGCAACAUUACGCCACCUGCUCCUUUGCUCAAAAUGGCCCCUCUCCACGUCCAUGAUUGCCCGCCUCGUCCACAGUUGUCCCAACCUCGAGCAAUUGGCUCUCGCGACUGAUUUCUCCAGCAUGGACUCGCUUUCAAUGCUGGUCCCAUUCCUCCGGAAGCUAGUUGCACUUCGACUUCUCAUCCCUGCCGGCUCUCCAGCACCGCAGAGUGGUGCGAGCACCAAUGCCCCGUCCUCAGCUACUAGUACCCAUCCCGGAGAUCCAUAUCUCAAAUCGGCAGUUCCAAAUUCUGUGGCCAAUCCACACUUGAUCGCCAAAACGAGCAUGUACUCGCUGCCCAAGGAGACAGAAAAUAUUAUUCUCAAUGCGCGCAGUCUCGCAGACAUCGUGGAUUUGGAUGACGACUUGCUCAUUCAGAUGAUGAGCUAUGAUCUGGCAGACCACCAGAUCUUUGGCAACGUGAAGGUUGUGGGGAUGGGUUGGAAAGCCUUCGAGCUACGUGAUCUCUAUAAGGCUCCCAUUCCAACGCGUGCAAACUCCGAGGACCAGUCCCCCACUUCGGCCACCGCAGAAGAACAACCACGACAAUCAAAUGGAAUGAAUGGCAAUACACGAAACGAAUCCGGCUCGCUGCGCGAGCCUGCUCACACUCCGUCUAAAUCUCCCGCUGCACCUUCUACCACUCCGGCCGCCAACAUGCCCACUUCUACGCUAGGGAAACGCACACGAGAUGAUGAUUACGAUAAUACCCCCCAAAAUGCCUCCCUUGCUAGUGAGACAGCACCGACCUCUGAUUAUCCUUUCCGCGACCCGAGCCUGUCGAAUUGUGGCCACUUUCCGCCCGUUCUCACGAACGACGGAUUCGUGUAUAGACGGCACAUGCGCAGAGUUGGCUGGGAAGUCCUCAAGAAUUGGGAAAUCUGGGCACUGGAUGCACAAGAAAUCUAA